GAUACAUGAACAUAUGUUCAUUUGAGUCGCCAAAUAUGAUUGUUAGCCGUUUUUCAGUCUCGUAACAGGAUAUCGGUUGUCAUGGAAUGGUUUCUUUUUCUAUUCAUAAACCUUUUACCAUGGAUAUUGUUUCUGCAAGCAGAUGCAAAUUUGUACCGGUCGACUGUGUCAAAGGCAGAAACAAAUUGGACACAAGCUGCAUACACAUGCGAUCUGGUUACACCCCCAAUACAGUUUUCACGGAAGGAAAAUACAGUAAACAUUCAUGGUAUUCCCGAGAUAGAAGUAUGGAAUAUUGUCUGGGUGGGAUACGUCAUGAAAUGGACAGCCUUUGACUAUAUUGGGUGUGUAGACAAAGCUGAUAUUUUCCGAAAUUCUAUACCCCAAUUUCUUGACACAAAAGAUGACCCAGGACAAUGUUACUCUGCAUGUGGAUAUAGCGAGUUCUUCGGUAUACUGUUUCAUGAGUGCUACUGCUUAACAAAAGAAGCGAUAUCUGCAGUUCAGAAUAAAAGGAAGUUCUGCAACCAGUGUCUGAACGGACACUCAGCUCCACAAGGGCCUGCAUGCGGAACCUAUAACAUCACAAGUAAUAUCGCUUUGUACAAAGUAAAUAAAGCAGUGGACGAGAAUUCUGAUAUACCAGUUAAUGAGCUAACUUCAGACCCAUAUAAGGUAUGCCUCGGUUAUAUGCCGAAGAAGGAUUCCUACAAGUGGGCUAGGUGUGCUGCUGAGAUGAGGACAGUGUGUAAAUAUGAUGAUGGAAAGGUUAGGCCAAUAGCUGAUUGGGCGCCAUGGAUUGGAUCAAUGAUAAGAUGCCAUAAAAACCAAAGUGACCCUGUAACAUUUUCCGACAUGAGAGUUAUAGGAAAAGAUUCAAGUGACUCUUUGAUGUGGACGGGAGUUGUACGGAGUCAGGUUAUCUACAGGUAUACAGACCAUCAAAACCCUGCAAGACAAGAUAUUACACGGUUUGGUUACGUGACGAAACAUCCAUUAGAUGGCUUUGUUCUUAAGUUCACGCCGGAUAAUAUCAAAUACUGGGCACUGUGUUUAAAUGGCAAAUCACCACUGAGUACAACAUAUGUUUCACCAACAGAAACAACAGGGACAUCAGCUUGGGUCACGGAUGGGACAUAUGGAACGGUAUCUUCGACACUUGAAACAACAGUUAUAAGAGAAACCAGGUCUGCAAGUCAGACAGGGACUAAUGUGCCUGUGUAUGUACUUGUACUUGUAAUAGUAGUGUUUACGUUGGUCAUAGUCGGACUUGUAGCUUUAUUGUUAUGGAAAACUCAAAAACACAAGAACCAGUAUACUGGGAACCAGACGGUUGCAAAUAACGUAGCAUAUUCGAACGUCUAUAGCAACAAAACAGAGUCGGAUGGUCCUGAUGACGUUUUCCGUACCACCGGAUCAACCGCCAGACCUUUAGACAAUUUACAACAAGGUGUUGCGGAUGAUCAUUAUGAAGAGCCGCUGUCUAUUCAAACAACAAAUAGCUUUCAUAGUUACGACACUCCUCCAUCCAAUCAGCCUUCGACUACCGACCAUUAUGACAAACCAAAACAAGGACAGGUGGCCGGAGCAUAUGAAUCACUUGGUCCUAAGGAUGCUAAUAAUUACGAUAAAGUCAAAAGUAGCUGUCCUAAAUACAAUACUCCUCCAUCCAAUCAGCCUUCGGCUACCGGCCAUUUUGACAAAACAAAAGAAGGACAAAUGGUCGGAGCAUAUGAAUCACUAGGUCCUAGGAAUGCUCAGACUUAUGACAGUGUCAUAAGUUAGUGAUUUACAAAUCUGAAUUCUAUUACCUUUUUCAGUCUCUGUUUUAUGCUGUUUGAAUCCGUUUUCAUUAGGAAACUCAUAAGAUGUGAUGCUACUCAGCUUAAACGUUUGAACAAAGUAAUCUAACGUUGUGGAUACGUUUGAAACAGUGCAACAAUUGUGUUUGAAAAGUUUAGUGAUAUGUGCAUGAAGUAUUACAACAUUAGCUGUGACACGUUUCAAAUCAGGCGUAUGUGAUUAGUGCAUUAUAUCUACAAUAUUGUGCAUUAUUUGCUGCCUGUUGUAUAUGAUAUUAUUAAAACUAUUUCUAUUGUUUUAACCAAA